AUGAGUAGAACCAGCUGGGAUGGGGAGAAGUAGGAGCGCGCUACAAUAGAAACAAGAGAGGAAUCCAACAUUGGAAAUUUGGAAUACGUAAGAGCUGAUUAUCUUUACCUGAAACUCACCAUCCAUGGCUACCACUAAUGGAGGUGACGAUCAACUGAAGCAGUUAGCGGAACUGAGCAAAACCCUAAAAGAAGGUGAGAGAAUUCUCGCGCCAAGCCGGCGACCCGAUGGUACCCUCCGGAAGCCUAUUCGGAUCAGAGCUGGCUAUGUUCCUCAAGACGAAGUCGCCAUUUAUCAAUCUAAAGGUGCCCUGUUGAAAAAGGAGCUGGCUUCACAAGCUGGACCUCCAGGUUAUGAUCCUUCAUUAGAUGCGAAACCCAAGUCUAAGUCGGUUAAGAGGAAUGAAAGAAAGAAGGAAAAGCGGCUUCAGGCUGCUCUUGAUAAGGAAAAGAACUUGGAAGAAACUGGAGAUGAAGAUAGUAGCAACAAAGAAGAACUACCCGUCAACAAUUCAGGUCACAUAUCAGACUCUGUCAUGUCAUUACGGUCUCAGUUGAAUGAAUUAGCUGUUUCUGGAGAUUCUUCCAUCGUUACCCCUGCAUCAGAGACCGCAGAGGGUUCAGACCCAGUGGGUAGUCAAGACAUAGAUAAAAGAAUUCGAGCACUAAAAAAGAAGAUUCGACUUACGGAAGCCCUGCAGCAGAAAGGUGCAGAGCAGGAUUUGAAGCCAGAACAGUUGGAAAAGCUAUUGAAACUAGAAGAUUGGCGCAAGGAGCUUAAGUUGUUGGAGGAUCAGAAGGCUGACACAACAGCAUCAUGAACAAAGUCUUAGAAAUUAGAAUGAUUAGUGUGUGUAAUUCUUGUCCAUGUUUUUUUCCUUGGUGAGAUAUGGUUCAUGUGGACACUUUCAUGGAAACGGAGUUCAUCUAUCAAAGAGUUCUUUUAAGUUA